CGGACCACUUAACACUAGAAUUGAAUCUACGAAGUUAACUGUAGACGCAUUUUAAACGUGUAAAGUCCAGUGUACAUCUCCCGAAAAGAAAUCAUGGAUGUUGAAAAGAAUACGAAAGAGAAGAAAUCUUUUGUAAAACGGCCUGUUGGAAUUUUGAAGAAACAGCUUGGAUAUACAAGAGAGUUUCCACACCCAAACCUCGCUAGAAUUAUCAUACCGACACUGCCAUAUGAAGCACUCGAUUGCUCAGGAGAAAAGAUCCUUCCUUGGUCUUUGAUGAAACUGUUCGACUCGUGUGAAAUCAGGGAUUUUUGGCCCAUUCAAGAGGAACCUCAAGGUCCGGCUCAUGAUAAGGUCCUGUACAUUCUGAAUUAUGAAUUAGAGAUCGAUGAAGCACUUCAUACAUCUGAUUCCCCAAAAUUUCCGUUAAUCAUCGAUAACACUGUCAAGUACGUUAAAAGGGCCUCCCGGUUUACUGAAAAAAAAUUACGACAUCCGGCAGUGGAAAGACAGUACGCUAGAUGUUCUGCAGUUGAAGUUAAUAUGGACCCAGAAACGAGAAAACCCAAACCAUUUCCUUCGUGGUGGAAAGAACAUUUUAACUUUCCCACAGAAGGACCAAAGCGUGAAUUUAAAAUUCCUCCGAAGCCGGAAGCAAAUGUAUUUAGUUCGGAACAUCGGGUGUAUUUCAGUGAUACAGACGAAAACAAGCAUAUGAAUUAUACAGUAUAUGUCCGAUUUUGUUGUGACAGUUUUUGUGAAAACGUUAUUGCUGGAAAAUACGGUGUUAGUUUAGAUGUGUACGAGACAGGGGUGAAGAAAUUACAGGUUUCAUAUUUGAAAGAAUGUAAUUUAGGAGAUAUUUUGACUGUAGAAUCAUGGGAAGAUAACGUCACCAAAGAUACAUAUCAUUUUGAGAUAUGGAACGGUUCUGCUUUAUCAGCCACUGUCACAAUCAGUUACCAUAACUUUCGCAACGAAAGACAGUGCAGCCGUUUAUAAGCAGUGAUAACUUUUCAUCAACUAAACUAUAUAUGCUUUUACAGUUGCCAUGAUAAAGCCUUCAGACUUGCAAAAGGCUUUUUGAAAUACUUUGAGUAUACACUCGAUAAUUUGAACUAUUGUUAUUAAAACUACUGGCUUCGAAAGCGUAUGUUGCAAUUUUAAACACAACGAGAUUCCCCUCAAAUCGUACCCAACGGACAUGAACUAUCACAAUAUAACGUUACCGCCCGCCCGCUUAGCUCAGUAGGUAAGAGCGUUGGUCUACGGAUCGCGGGGUCGUGAGUUCGAUCCUCGGGCGAGGCGUAUGUUCUCCGUGACUAUUUGAUAAACGACAUUAUGUCUGAAAUCAUUAGUCCUCCACCUCUGAUAAUUCAUGUGGGGAAGUUGGCAGUUACUUGCGGAGAACAGGUUUGUACUGGUACAGAAUCCAGGAACACUGAUUAGGUUAACUGCCCGCCGUUACAUGACUGAAAUACUGUUGAAAAACGGCGUUAAACCCAAAACAAACAAACAAACAAAAUAUAACGUUACCAUAAUGUUAAGUAUCAUAAUAUAAUACGAACAACAUUUCAAUGAAUAAUUGUUUAAUUUGUUGUAAGCGACUUGGUUGUCAACUGAACAUGUACAAAACAUUCGUAUAUAAUCAUCAUAAAUAUAAGUACAUCAUUAUGCAUAAUAUUCGAAAAUAAAUUGACGAAUAUUUUUCAUUUCACUCAUAAUAUUAAGUUAACUAUAAUCAACAGGUUAUUUUAUGUACCCAAUGAAAAUAAUACCAUGAAAUUACAUUCACUUCUCGUAUACACUGAACCGAUUUUAAAAAUCCAAGUGAUUUUCUAUAUAGCUAAUCGACAUACAAUUAUCGCGCCUCGAAAUCCGUUCAGUGUAUAAUAUUUAUAUACAAAGUGGAACACGCACAUUUAAAGUAUUAAAACUUAAUAUUAAAAAUUUUCUACGGACAUGUUGACAGUCGAGUGACCAAGCGCUGCAGUGAACUAACCACUCCGCAAUGUGAGAAAAUCAUGCUCAACAGAGCGCGAAAUAGCGCCCCGCAGUGGUCCGUCAGGAACAAUACGUGGGGAAACAAUUAUUUUCUAAUUCACUACGUUUAAGCGAAAAGAAUUAUAUACGUUAAAUGCUAAAGAAUUUCUGUUAAUUCAAAUCAUUUUGAAUUGGUCCGUCAUAGAAUUUUAGAGACAUUAAGUUCGAGAUAUUGUGCAUGCUGUAUUUAUCAAGUAUUCAGUAUAAAUUUAUUAUAAACAUCACCUACUUCUAUAAGUGACUUACAUGUUGAUAUAUAAAUCUUCAGGUAUUUAGAAAUGCAAAUUAUACUAAUUAUAAUAUUUGGAUUGUAUUCGUGCAUAAAUACUGCACUAUUAAACUUCAUUUACACACAU